UCCUUAAAUACUGGUACAAGGCGAAAGCUUAGUCACCAGGGCGAAUCCACAAUUCAGUGAACAUAGAGUAGAAUCUGUAGUUAGUAGGCCGGUGGGAUCUUUUGAAGUGUAGUAGUAAUAUGGAUUCUUUAGCAGAAACAACCAAGAACCAAGUUGUACUAAAAGAAGAAGAUGAAGAAGAAGAGCACUUCUCGUACGCCAUGCAGCUAGUUACCUCCGCAGCGCAGCCCAUGGUGUUGCUUGCUGCCAUCCGGCUCGAUGUGUUCGAGAUCAUCGCCAGAGCUGGUCCCGGUGCUCAACUCUCGCCUUCAGAAAUUGCGGCUAACGUGUCUUCAGAAAACCCAAAUGCCGCUGCUAUGCUGGAUCGAAUGUUGCGGCUUCUGGCAAGCUACUCGGUGCUCACCUGCUCCGUUGCCACCGACGUGGAUGGCGAUCAUGAGAUCCAAACGCCGACAAGAGUGUAUGGAUUGGCGCCGGUGGCCAAGUUCUUUGUACAGAACAAAACAAAGGGAGGAGGUUCACUUAGCUCCCUGCUGGCUUUGCUUCAAGAUAAGGUCUUCAUUGACAGUUGGUACCAAUUAGAAGAUGCAGUUUGCAAAGGGGGAGAUCCGUUUCACAGGGCGCAUAGUACACAUGCAUUUGAAUUUCUUGGAAGCGACCCCAGAUUCAAUGAGGUAUUCAACAAGGCAAUGAUCCACCACACAGCUAUCGUCAUAAACAGAAUGCUUGAACGGUACAAAGGUUUUGAGCACCUCAAAACUUUGGUAGAUGUUGGUGGUGGUCUUGGAAUGAACCUCAAUAUAAUCACAACUAAAUACCCUAGUCUCAAGGGUAUUAAUUUUGAUUUGCCACAUGUUAUACAACAUGCACCAGCCUAUCCUGGAGUUGAACAUGUUGGAGGAGACAUGUUUGAAAGUGUUCCACAGGGGGAUGCCAUUUUUAUGAAGUGGAUACUUCAUGAUUGGGAUGAUGAUCAUUGCUUGAAGUUGCUGAAAAAUUGUUACAAGGCUUUACCAGACAAUGGAAAGGUAAUAGCUGUUGACGCAAUUCUUCCUGUGAUUCCUGAUGAUAGUGCACGCGACAAAGCUACUUGCCAAACAGAUCUUAUAGUGGUGACUCAAUAUAAAGGAGGAAUUGAGAGAUAUGAAACAGAGUUUCUUGCCCUGGCUACUGCUGCUGGAUUUAAAGGCAUAAGUGUGAAAUGUUUCGUAUGUAACUUGUGGGUCAUGGAAUUCUAUAAGUAGAUGACUAGUUCAUGGGGCAUUGUACUUUAAAACCUUAAAUGUUGUAUGUUGAGUGAUUGUUAAUGUCAUGGUGAUCAUCUGCGAUUGUUAAUGUCAUGGUGAUCAUCUGCAAUCUACAGCGAGGAAAAAAAACUG